AACUCUUCAAUCUCUCCUUUCAAAUCUUAGUCGAGCAACCAUUGCUCUGAAAAAUCUCAUUUUUUGGUGUCCUUAUUCCGGAAUGGACAAUCUCUUGCGGGAACAGAUUGCCAAGAUGAGGCAAUCCUUCUUUGAUGAGGGAACUCUGGACUCGCACUACUUUGCUCAGCUGGAACAACUUGAAGGCCCUGAUAAUCCAAACUUUGUGGAGGAAAUAAUAACUUUGUUUUUCAGGGAGUCAACGAAAAUGCUAGCUACAAUGGAGACUAAUCUCAGAGAGAAAUGCCCCGUUAAUUUCAUUGGAAUUAACAAAAUGCUAAAUCAAAUAAAAGUUAAUAGCGCCAGCAUUGGUGCUAUAAGAAUUAAGGAGCAAGUUAUUCCAAUGCUGAACAAUUUGAAGGAAAAUAACUUGGAAGGCGCCAAGGCCUCCUUUCAAGGGUUGAAAGUGGAGUAUGACACCCUGAAGAGGAAGCUUGAGCCCUAUUUUCAGCUCCAGAGACAAGCCGGCCCUGUGGAGACUGCAGUGCCUCCAAAAUGAAGUUAUUGGUCCAAGGAUAUGUGGAUUGGAUGGGCAACAGUUCUGCUAUGCGCAUGCAAAUCCACCAUCUUCUAACAGUGAAAUAAACUCCAAGGGAUUCAGUUUCCUUGUGUGCUUUUCAAUAUUCAGCCUUUCUGCUUUGUUUCUAGUUUCUUGUGGGUUAGAUGGGUUAUGGAUUUCCUGGGAAAGCCUGUGAUAAACUAGAGUAGCUGUAAUGAAAAGGAGAACUAAAUAAGGGGUUAGUUUUCUCCUGGAAACACCUCUUAAUUAGUUGCUUUUAAUAAUAACUAAGCUUCUAAAUUCCGUCUUCAAAUUAAGCAUUUAUUUUAGUUC